AUGGCGGCCCCGCCGCCUUCCGCGCUGCUUCCGGGGCGGGGCCGGGCCGGGGCUGCCGGUCCCCGCUCCGGUCCCUCCUCCGGCCACUCCUCCCGGCCGCUCCUCCCCGUCCCUGCUCCGGCCACUCCUCCCGGUCCCUCCUCGGCCACUCCUCCGGUCCCUUCUCCCGGUCCCUACUCCAGUCGGUCCCUUCUCCCAGCCCCUGCUCCGGCCGCUCCUCCCGGUCCCUUCUCCCGGUCCCUGCUCCGGCCCCCGCAGCGGCCCCUGCACCGUCAGUGCUCCAAGCACGGGCUCCACGCAGAGCCGCUGCCCACCCGCGCUGUGGCUCCUCUGGCGCCGUGCGCUGCUGCACGCCCUUCCGCACUUUCCGCAGUUUUAUCUCCCCAGAGCCCUGGAUAA